AUGUCUCGUUUACGCCAAUCCCAGCCGAUAGCUGGAGAAAACAUCGAGAGGAUCACCAUUCGCAUGCCGGAGCUCUUCGUGUCAUUCCUGAAAGAUGCGCCCCUGUUGAACGCUGAAUACACAGAAGUCAAGUAUGAGGCGGAGGAAGCAAUUACAAGGGAGUGCAGCUUAAGCACACGAGUUAGUAAAGCCAUAAUGAAAUGUGACUGGGCCUACCUCGCAGCAAUUGUAGCCCACAAUGCGGACCGCGACCGAUACCGGACCCUGUGUGACUGGGGAAACUGGGUCUUCCCUUUCGACGACCUUUUCGACGACGGCGAGUUACGCGCUGAUUAUGAGAGUGCAAAGACCACUAUGGACCAGCUUCUUGGUCCAUUUGUCGAGAACGUGUCGAUGUGCGGUAGACAGGUGGCGCAGAGGCCUUCACUUCUUCGCUUCCACGAUGGGCUCGUGCAUCGUAUACAAGGCGCGGCAUCUAAAGGGGCAUAUGCCCGGUACCUGAAAGGCAUGGUUGAUUACUGCAACGGUACCCUGGAGCAAGUGCAGAAAGUACAAGACGACAAUGUACCGGCAAUAGAGGAGUUUCUUGCCAUGAGGCGGCGGUCGGUCUGUGUUUCUGCGCUUUUCGCAUUGAUCGAGUAUGUGCACAACCUGGAUAUUCCUGAUUAUGUGUUUGAGAACGCAGCUAUCCGCGAAAUCGAAGAGGCUGGGAUCGAUAUAAUUUUGAUGCACAACGACUUGCUAUCUUACUACAAAGAGGAGUCGGAGCGUGUGCCUCACAAUUUGGUUGCCGUGGCUAGGAUGAGUGGAAUGACGGGCCAAGAGGCGGUCAGCUUUAUUGGAUCAUCGAUCGACAAGCGAUAUAGCGAUCUCAGGAAAGCGGCGUCUCUUGUGCCACUUUGGGGCACGCCGGUGACGGCCGAGGUUGAGAAAUACAUACAGGGGAUUCGAAAUGUCAUCAAGGCAAAUCUGUACUGGAGUUUCGGAUCGCACCGAUACUUGAGCGAAGAACAAAAGAAGAGAUGGCGGUCCAGGGGAGAGAUAGAAGUGCUUGCAAAUCCGCAGUAUUUAGUAUCACUGAGCAUAUAA